GCCCCCUCCCGCGGCGGCGGGCGGGCGGGUAUCCCCUCCACGCCCCCGCCGCCCGCGCCCCGCGCCCGCCCGCGCCGCGCUCCCGGGGACCGGGAGGAAGGCGAGAGCAGCAGGAGUCUGGGGGCCACCGAAGAUGGGGAACACUACCUCGUGCUGCGUGUCGUCCAGCCCCAAGCUCCGGAGGAAUACCCACUCCCGGCUGGAGUCCUACCGGCCCGACACGGACCUGAGCCGCGAGGACACGGGCUGCAACCUGCAGCACAUCAGCGACCGGGAGAACAUCGACGAUUUGAACAUGGAAUUUAAUCCUUCAGACCAUCCUCGGGCCAGCACAAUAUUCCUCAGUAAAUCUCAGACGGACGUGAGAGAAAAACGCAAGAGUCUCUUCAUUAACCAUCAUCCUCCAGGACAAAUAGCGAGGAAAUACAGCUCCUGCUCCACUAUUUUCCUAGAUGAUAGCACAGUCAGUCAACCAAACCUCAAGUAUACAAUUAAAUGUGUAGCUCUCGCAAUAUAUUACCACAUCAAAAACAGGGACCCAGAUGGAAGGAUGCUCUUAGAUAUUUUUGAUGAAAACCUUCACCCUCUUUCGAAAUCCGAAGUGCCACCAGAUUAUGAUAAACACAACCCAGAGCAGAAGCAGAUUUACCGGUUUGUUCGGACACUGUUCAGUGCUGCUCAGCUGACGGCCGAAUGUGCCAUUGUCACCCUGGUAUACCUUGAAAGACUUUUAACGUAUGCAGAGAUAGACAUCUGUCCGGCCAACUGGAAGCGGAUUGUUCUAGGGGCGAUCCUGCUGGCCUCCAAGGUUUGGGAUGACCAGGCUGUGUGGAAUGUGGACUACUGUCAGAUCCUGAAAGACAUCACGGUGGAGGACAUGAAUGAGCUGGAGCGACAGUUUCUGGAAUUGCUGCAGUUCAACAUCAACGUUCCUUCCAGUGUUUAUGCCAAGUAUUAUUUUGAUCUUCGUUCUCUGGCAGAAGCAAACAACCUGAGCUUUCCCUUGGAGCCCCUAAGCAGGGAGAGGGCUCACAAGCUCGAGGCUAUCUCUCGCCUCUGUGAGGACAAGUACAAGGACCUGCGUCGACCCACGAGGAAGCGGUCAGCGAGUGCUGACAAUCUGACUCUGCCCAGGUGGUCCCCGGCCAUCAUCUCCUAACCGUGGGGGCCCCGCUGGAGGCCGCACCAUCCCUCCAUUUCUCCUUUAGUUUGAGAAAAGACAGACUUGGGGUGGUUUUGUUUUUGUUUUCCUUUCCUUUUUUAAUUCAUAGCUCUGUCAGGCUGCCUUGAUGACCGCCUCCAAGCUGUGUGGCCCACACGCAGUAAGGCCUCCAGGGAAGCGAAAUCAGUAUUCUGGAAAUCCCGUUUCAUGCCCUUCCCCAUCGUCAUUAACAGCACUUCCCUCAAGGAGGAAAAAGACUCUAAUCCUGGAGAAGGAAACAAAGGGAAAGGGAAGUCGUGUAGAGGCAGAGAAAAGGUGAAAUGGCUUGGCCAUUUCUUAAGUCCCCGUCUGGUCAGUAGAUGAAUAUGAUGGAAAAACCCAGCAGUAGGUAACAAAGUCGGAUGUGCAUUAAAGACAAGAGUGCGCGCUUAUCCACCUCCAUCUGGAUCAGUAUGUUCUGUAAGACUUCUUGCAUUCCUUCUAGCUGCUUUUUUGGGAUUUGGGGGAAUUUUUGUUUUGGUUUUGUUUCUGUUUUGGUUUUGGUCCCACAAAGCAGAGAAUAUCGUUUGUACCCACCAUGGCACAGACAUCCAAAUAAAUAGUACUGGUUGUUUCUCUCUGCACUAUUCCUGUGAGCUGUCUUCUGAGCUUUCUUCCUCACAAGUGGGAUGCGCUUGUUAUAUUUCUGUAUGCCUUUAUUUUAUACAGUUUUUCUUCAACGGUGGCAAAAUUAACUUGACUGUAGUGCUGAACCAAAAGUAUCCCUUUCCCUCCUAUUCCUCACCCCGAGAAAAUUCUAGAUCACAUGGGUGCUUGUGCCUUCCAAUUUAUUCACAGUUGUUUUUUUUUUUUUUUUCUCCGACCUGAGGUCGUAGUUACAAAUCAGUCAGAUUUUGUGGGCUGAAGGAAACCGUGUGCAGUGGAGGGUGUCCUCUGGGUGAAGUUUUUUCUAGAGUGCUAGGUGUCUGCCUGCAGUUACUGAGUAGGAGCCAUUUCUCUGUACCCCCUGCCCAGCUCAUUCGUCUACUUCCAUGUCCAUUGUUGCAAGCAAUAUUCUUCUCAACUUUUAUAUGUUUACUUUAAAUCAAAGUUAGUCUAUUUGUAUAAAAAUUUUUUAAAAAUCUAAAAUUAAAAAAAAAGGGGGGGGUGGGUUAUUCCAGUGGGAAGAUCAUUGAAGGGCAAAAUGUUACUAUUUACUGAGGUAUUUUUCACAGGAUAAUUGAAUAAAAAACUCAACUUGCAUAUUCAUUGUGGGUGCUUAGCGAAGUUACACAAAAUUCAAACUGUGAAGGUUUAUGCUUCAUUAAUUAUGACCGUACUUUUUCAUUUUCUGAUUAUCCCUAAUUUCCUUGUGGGCUAGAUGAGAAUCUUUUUUAUCAAGUAAAAUAAAAGGGUUAAUGAUAGAAUAUCAGAGUAAAGUGGAUACUAAGUCUAAGAAUCUGAGUCAACGAAGCAUAUAAUGCUUUGGGUUUUUGCGUAUUUUCUUGGGUCACAAUGACAGGCUUCUAAGUUUUCUCCCUUUUCAAGUCUCUGCGAGGCGAAUGGCAGCAGAUGCUCUGUGUUUCACCUUCUUCCUCUGUGAAUGUGGAGAACUUUGGGGUAUUAGUCUUGGGUACCCUAACGUCCUACACCUGAUCCUCAAACAUGCCUGCUUCUGAUGAAACAUACUUUGGAAACGGAAGAGACUCAGAAAGUUGAAAUCCCAGGAUCCCCAGGCCAAAAGUGCUAGUCAGGUUUCAGUGAGAUUUGUAUCAUGUGUAAACAACUGGUUGGACCAGAAAUAUUGUCAAGGUCUUUCUGGCCUAAACUUUCAAAAGCCGACAACAGAAUCUGAAAAGUUAAUUAUCUUUCCAUUAUUAUGGUGUUGAUAUACUCUGUAUGGGUACCAAAAUCAGCUUCUCUCUUCAAGUAAGAGUCGGAUUUAGAACUUUAAAUAGAGAUCUAAAAAUGUAGAAAAUAUCAUUUUAUAUUCCCUAAUCUAUAUAGCUUAAAAAGGGACAUAUUUUCUUAGCUGAAUAUGAAUACCUCUCAAGCAUAAAUUAGUUCCUCUCAUGUAAAGUAUCUUAUUUUACCGAUCCAUUUCAGGAAAGAGGUUCUGCUGCCUUUAAAGCAGAAAGCUUAUUUUUAUCCCUUUUAUUUGAAUGAGAGAGAUUUGAAAAUUGAAUUAUGUAAAUAUUUCAAUGCAUCUGCUAUUAUUUUGUGGAGUUUAUUAAACUACUUUAAAAAAUUG